AUGCCUACAGCCCGCGAGAGAUUGGCUGAGCUGAGGGCCCUCCGUGCCUCCGGAAAGAAGCGAAUUUCCACAUACGAAGUCGAGGACCAAGGUGACAUCUACGACGAAGUCGACGAUGACGGCUACAAAAAAGUCAUCCGGAAUCGUCUGGACCAGGACGACUUCGUUGUCGAUGAUAAUGGUGCCGGAUAUGCGGACGACGGCCGCGAAGUAUGGAACGAGCAGACAGCCGAGUACGCCAGCGACGAAAGCGACGAAUUACCCACACGAGGAAAGGCCGCGAAGCGGAAAAGAGAGGAGGAGCAACAACGGAAAGAAAAGAUAAACAGUGGCAUUUCAAAGUAUUUUAACAAAGGACAAACCGCUGCUGCGGCCGCGAAGCCCAAGCCCGUUGCCACUGCAGAGGACGACGCUUUUAUGAAUGAUCUUCUCGGAGAGGUCGACACCAACGUGGUCUCGCAUCAUGCUCCCACACGAAAUAUCGUCAAGUCAGAGGCCCGGCGCAAAGUUCGCGUUCUCUCCCCACCAUUGUCCGAGAAGCGUCGGAGCCAAAAGGGUCACAUGAGAGAUGAAAAUGAUAUGCCAAGCUCACCGAUGAAAGCCCAAGCCCUCCAUUCUGAUGACCUUGAUGAUGGCCCCUUACCAAUGCCCGACGACGACGUUCCCAUGAGCGAUAUUCUGCCUUCAUCUCCCAUCACAAAAGCAGUGGAGCGCAGGAAUAUCGGUGUGAUCAAACCCGAAGAGCUGGAAGACGAUGAUAUAGACCUGAUGGACGUUGCAGAGGUCACCGGAGACUCUGGUAUCAAGGCAGAAACCAUCAACAUGACUGGUAGUAGGCCGCCCCCGAAGAUCAAGCCCGAGACUAUUCAGGCACCGGCAAGCUCUUCCCCAGUCAAAUCAAUGCCAGAAGUGAUGGAUGCUUCUUGGAAUGACGUGCGGAACAAGUUGAACGUUCUCAGCAGUCCAGCUCCAGAGAUGCGAUCCUUUGGAAAGCUGCGUGCCCAAGAUGUCGUUGAAGAAGAUGGCAGUCUGCGGAUGUUCUGGCUGGACUACACAGAAGUCAACGGUAGUCUUUGCCUUUUUGGAAAAGUGAAGAACAAGCAGAAUGGGACCUACACCAGUGCGUUUGUUAAAGUCGACAACAUCUUGCGAAAGCUUUACUUCCUCCCCCGUGAGUACCGACACAAGCACGGGCGAGCGACAGAAGAGGAGGUUGGUAUGCAAGAUGUAUACUCGGAGGUCGAUGAGAUGAUGUCGAAGCUUAAGGUCGGUAUGCACAAGAUCAAGCCCUCCAAGCGCAAGUACGCAUUUGAGAUGCCUGGCGUGCCGAAAGAGGAGACGGAGUAUCUGAAGCUGCUGUACCCCUACGACAAAGCCGCCUUGCCAAUGGAGACCAAGGGAGAGACCUUUUCAAAUGUUUUUGGCACGAACACCUCGCUUUUCGAGCAAUUCGUUCUGUGGAAAAAUAUCAUGGGCCCAUGCUGGCUCAAGAUCGACCAGGCUGACUUUGCUGCUGUCACAAACGCCUCUUGGUGCAAAUUCGAAUGCCAGGCCACCAAACCGGCGCUCAUCACCCCCGUUUCAGACUCCGAAAACCUGGACGCCCCGCCCUUGACCUUUAUGAGUCUUGCCUUCCGCACCCAGCUUAACGUCAAAGAGAACAAGCAGGAGAUUCUCGUUGCGAGUGCCAGAGUUUACGAGGAUAUCUCCCUCACCGAUACCACUCCCCCGGAGAAGCUUCCGUGUAAGACAUUCACCAUCAUGCGUCCUGCUGGUGCAUCAUACCCCAUGCAUUUCGAAGCCGAAGCAAAGAAGCAGCGGGGUACCAUCAUACUUGAAAGGACCGAGCAAUUCUUGCUCAGCAAGUUCUUGGCAUUGUUCGAAAAAAUGGAUCCUGAUGUGAUCAUGGGCCACCAGCUGCAAGAUGUCGACCUGGGUAUUCUUCUCAGCCGAAUGCGUGAGAAGAAGACGCCCGGUUGGCACCGCAUUGGCCGACUCAGGCGUGGAGAUUGGCCCAAGCAUUUCAACAAGGGCGGAAACUUCUUUGCCGAAAGACAAUUAAUCGCUGGAAGAUUGAUGUGUGAUAUUGCCAAUGAUAUGGGCAAGUCUCUCAUGAUGAAGUGUCAGUCGUGGAGUUUGACCGAGAUGUGCCAGCUCUAUCUUGGUCAAGGCAACUCCCGGCAGGAACUGGACGUUGAAGCAGCGCUGAAGACGUGGGCCACCACCAAAGAAGGCCUCAUGAACUUUGUCAAUCACUGUGAUACAGACACGUAUUUCGUUGCGGCAUUGGUUUUACGUCUUCAGAUGCUGCCCCUGACCAAGGUCUUGACAAACAUUGCCGGUAACUCGUGGGCACGCACACUAAGCGGUACGCGUGCUGAGAGAAACGAGUACAUUCUGCUGCAUGAAUUCCACCGCAACAAGUACAUCUGCCCGGACAAGUAUUCUUCCCAUCUGCAGAAGACAGAGGAGAAGAUGCAGGAAGGAGAGGAUGAAUCUGUGGACAAGAAGAAGAAAGACAAGUUCAAGGGUGGUCUCGUCUUCGAACCCGAAAAGGGUCUUUACGACAAGUUCGUCCUUGUCAUGGAUUUCAACAGUCUGUAUCCCAGCAUUAUCCAGGAGUACAACAUCUGUUUCACCACUGUUGACCGAACUGCCACGGUGAGUACCUCAAUUCUUUGUAUUUGCUAUUAUUCUAACAUGUAUCAGGCCGAAAAUGAGAAUGAAGAGAAAGUGCCCGAUGUCCCGUCCCCAGAGCAAGAGCAGGGUGUUCUUCCUCGCCUGAUCGCAACGCUGGUCAGUCGUCGUCGUGAAGUGAAGAAAUUGAUGAAAGACAAGCGCGCCACACCUGAACAACUAGCGUUGUGGGACACUAAGCAGAUGGCCUUUAAAUUGACUGCUAACUCCAUGUACGGAUGUCUGGGAUUCGCGCAGAGUCGAUUCUACGCUCGACCCCUCGCGAUGCUCACGACCUUUAAAGGACGUGAGAUUCUGAGAAACACGAAGGAGCUGGCUGAAAGCCAGCAAUUGAGGGUCAUCUACGGUGACACCGAUUCCGUCAUGAUCAACACGAACAUGGACAAUAUGAGUGACGCUCUCAAGGUUGGCGAGGAGUUCAAGAAGUCGGUCAAUGAGCGCUACCGACUGCUGGAGAUUGAUGUUGACAAUGUAUUCCGUCGACUCCUGCUGCAUGCCAAAAAGAAGUACGCUGCUGUCAACCUCACCGAGGUAGAUGGCAAGUACAUUGAGAAGCUCGAGGUCAAGGGACUUGACAUGAAGCGACGUGAAUACUGCGCCCUCUCCAAAGAGGUGUCAUCAAAGCUACUCAACGAGAUCUUGUCCGGGGAAGACCAGGAAAUCGUUCUGAACAAGGUCCACGAAUAUCUGCGUGAACUUGCAGAGAGGAUGAAGGAAAAUACGAUCCCUGUCCAAAAAUACGUGAUCUACACGAAACUCUCAAAAAGACCCCAGGAGUACCCCAAUAAGGAAAGCAUGCCUCCUGCUCAAGUCGCUCUGCGGGACAUUGCCCGGGGCAAGACUGUUCGGCCCAACGACGUGAUCUCAUACAUUGUGACCAAUGGAGAUUCAGAAACCUCCUCUCUGGCGCCUGCGAAGCGAUCAUACAGCCCGCAGGAUGUGAUGAAGGCCGACUCAGGAUUAAAGCCAGAUGUUGAGUUUUACCUUCUCAAACAAAUUUUCCCUCCCAUCGAGCGUCUCUGCGCCCCGAUUCCUGGAACCGAUGCCGUUCGCCUUGCCGAAUGUUUGGGUCUCGACACUCGCAAGUAUCAGAUCAACACUUCCAGCUCCAACACUCAAGAGAAUGCAGAGGUUACCCCGCUCGAGUCCCAGAUCCCAGACUCGGUGCGAUUUGCCAAUUCCACACGGCUGUCCUUGAGAUGCCGGUUCUGCAAAGAACGAUCUGUGUUUGAGGGUCUGGUGACUUCAUCCCACAUGUGCACCGCUCACGGCAUUGUUUGCCCGAACCAAGCCUGCCAAAAACCGUUCUCGGUGCUGACUAUUGUUGCUCAACUUGAAAACCAAAUACGCGAACAGACAUCGCGCUAUUACGAAGGCUGGUUAGUGUGUGAUGAUUCUUCGUGUGGAAACCGUACACGACAGACCAGUGUGUACGGACACCGCUGUCUCGGUCCUCGGGGACGAGCGGAAGGCUGUCUAGGCCGUAUGUCGUACGAAUACUCAGAGAAGGAGAUAUACAACCAGCUUCUGUACUUUGCUGGUCUCUGGGAUGUCGACAAGGCCAAGGCCUUGGCGGAGAAAGAGACCGGAGAAAAGAAAGACAGCGUUGUCGCCCUUGUUGAGUUUAAUCGGACGAGGUUUGGCACGCUAAAGGGUGUGGUUGAUGCAUACUUGAAAAAAUGUGGUCGGCAAUGGGUUGAGAUGGAUGGUCUGUUCCGCUUUAUGUUACAGUAA